ACGAAACUUCCCGCACUUCCCAGCAAUCUUAUCAAAACUCGUCUCGCUCGUUCUCUACCAAGUCUCUGGAGGAGCGGAAUUGGCCGAUUGAAUUUACACUUAAGCUAAUCGCGUCUUCACUACCCAAGUGUCGGUAUAUUAUUCAACUUAUUAGUCGUUACGCGCUCAGCACGCGUAAUGGCCCCGAAAGAUGCUGGAACCGAUAAAGAGAAAACUCCAAUGCUGAAGGGACCUGCUGCUGAGAAAGCUAUACGUGACUACAUCAGGAAGUGCAACAGGCCAUACGGCGCAGCCGACAUCUCAGCUAACCUAAAGAAUGCUGUCUCAAAACCAAAUACACAAAAAAUAUUACUGGCGUUGGCCGAGAAAGACGAAAUUACCCAAAAAACUUAUGGGAAGCAGACGUUCUUUGUUGCGAAACAGUGCGAUAUAGAAGACGUACCUCCUGAGAAAGCGGCUGAACUUGAACAGGAACUGCUCGAAUGCAAGGAAAGAAUAAAAGCCAUCACUAGCUCCAAUAAGAACUUGGCUGCGGAAUCAACUGCCCUUCGAUCUCAACCACCCACGAACGAUCUACCGGCUUUGCUCACUGCACUAGGCACAGCGAUGCAGACCUUCGAAGCAAAACUGGAACCAUUUCGCUCAAUGUCCACCGGAUCCGCGGAUACUUUGGUGCCUACACCAGAAGACAUGGCCCGGGUUGAUGCAGAAUGGAUCAAAUGGCGCGAUCAAUGGAAGAUGAGGAAGAAAGUCUUUAAAGAAACAUGGUCGUCCAUCACGGAUAGUCUCCCGGCGUCGGCAGCCCUCGACCUGGCCGAAACUCUUGGAAUAGAGUUCGACUCCCCGGAACACGGGAUUCUGGAGCAAGGUCCUCUCUGCCGACAACCUUCACGGUUUAUAAAACGCUGGUGAAUGUUUUGGCUGCCCGCUCGAUAGCUUAGUCGUCCCAGUGCCACCUGCUAUUAAAUCGUAGUGCUUAUGAA